CAGGAGUGUGAUUUCUAGACAACAUGGCAACUGGUGAUCUGACAAACAAUAUCAGAAAACUUCAGAAAGAACUGAAGAUUAUGAAGUACCAGGAAAGUUUGGAUUUGAAUGGACUUGCACAGGGUAAGGCAUCAGCCCUUCUUCCCAUCUACCACUACGCAUUUACCACAUACAGCUGUUCCAUAGCAGAGCUGAUUGCCAGCACAGACACUGAGCUGUAUACCAAGACAGAUCUACGAUUCAUGGAGGGGUGCUACAAGAUUUUGAGGGACUUGUUUCAUUAUAAACCUCCUGUAACAAAGGAACAGUUUUUUAACAAUGGUUUUGUCGAAAGGAAAAUUAUCAUGUGCACAGAAGUGAUGAAACUGAUUCAACUAAAGAACAAGUCUCUACAGCCUCAGAAAAAGGCCCCCACAACAACGACUAGUAACCUGGGACAGGUGGUCUCUAUGAAGCCCAGCAAGACCAAAGUGACUGACCAGACCCAAGUAAGACCCAACAGCUCUAGGAGAUCCAGGUCAUCCCUAGAUACCUACAGUUCACAGAGGGAGGGACUGCCAGACACUAAGAAUGCGGUUGUAUCUCCUCGUUCUCUAACAGAUUUUGAUCCCCAUCAGCAGGUUGUCAAUGAAUUGCUCCAACCAGCUGAGAACAUUCCAAAGCAUACAGCUCACCAUGUAUCAAAUAACAGAUUACUGGACAACCACUCACCAACAAAAGAUGCUGACACAUCCUCUUCAUCAGAAUCUUCAGACCAAGUCAUCACACAGAGGUCACCUCCAGUCCAUGUAGCCAGUGUGACCUCUCCACCUAGGGUCACCAAAGAGGUGCUGCCAUCUGCUGGUAGAAAUGUUAGAGGAUUUAAUUGGGCAGUUGUUACCCCUAGCAUUGCAAAAACCAGAUCGUCCAUUCCAUUUUCAAGUGAUAUCCCAGGCCAUGCUCAGUUCUGUUUAGAGGAGGAUGAGGAAGAGGAAGAAGAAGAGGAAGAGGAGGAUGGUAUAGAGACGGUGAUGGCCGCUACACCAGCACAUUCCAUCAUGGAGCCUCAUAAUGGAGAAACAAUCGAAACAGAGAGAAAUCACAACAGCAAUCCACAGCAGCCUCAAGCUGGCCAGGCCAACCAGCAAAUGUUAAAUGAAACUCAUAUACUCAAGGCUAUAGAGCAGCUGACUAAGUGUUUCGGGACUCUGGAGUCUGGAUUAACCAGGUCUAUUGAAUCUCUCAAUGCACGUAUGAUUCUUGUGGAAAAUAGGGUUUCUAUGAUGGAAAGCAAGAUUGAGGCAGUGUUAGCUGGUUCUCAAAGAAAAGAGGAGCCAACAUUACCACAGCCUACAAAUCACAAUGGAGUACCUCAGAGAUCUGCUGUAUCUGGCGUUAAUACCAAUCUUCAGGGUCAGGGACAGCAGAAUUACAAUAUGACAGAAAUUACCAGACCUCCUAGCAGCUCUACUCUAAAGAGCAAAGCAGAUAAUCCAAUAACAGUGUCAGGACAGGAAAGAAACAGUACAGAGCCUCAGCAGAUAACCACAAAUCACACAACAGAGAAAUCCCCCAAGUAUAAAGCUCCUCCGUAUCAGUCCGCCCUGUAUGAUGAUUCCACUCUGGUCAUGUUUUCCCCAAUUCGUCAUGUGGCAGGUACCCCUCAUCAGCAUAGGACUCCGGAGACCACAUUCUGUUCCAAUAAUAACGACACAACUGACCCGCGGCGAUCCAGUACUCCACAACACAACACAGUGGAGAUGGACACACAGAUUGUGCUUGGGGAAUCCAUGAACCUCCCUACUGGGGAUACAGAUACCCAGAGUCAAGUGAACAGGAUUAAAAAUCUAUUUAAAUCAACAGAAGUUAUGCUGAAAAACUGAAAGAAUGAGGACGAAAAAUGACAAUUUGUGUAGACUAAGAUUAGAGAGAAGAGUAUUAGAUUAAUUAUUUAAAUGUAUUGGCAGUACAGAGUAAUGUACGUGAUUGAUGAUUGCAAGCAUUAACAACUACCUCAUGUGUCAUAUUAACCAUGUGCUAAUGAUAAAUUAUGUCAUAAUUAAUAGAAUGCACUAGCUGUUAUUUGUUGUUAAUAAAUUAAU